AAAGUGUUUGUGCAACGUUAUAAACUUCAAAAUUUUCACGAUAUUUUAUAGAAAAAAAGGUGGCCAAUUGCUUCAAGAUUAACAUUUUGGCCUAAAAUGGUUUGUGACGGUCCUGAUCCUCCAGAAAACAACCCUCAUGAACUUAGUCCACCUCCUAGACAUGAUCUUUUAAUGAAUGGUCCUCAAGUAGAAGACAGUGAUGACGAAAAUGAAUAUGUUGGAUACGAACCAUUACCUCAGGGACCUGAGAUUUCAUAUUCUGACCAAGAUUUGGAAGAAGAUGAUCAGGAUACUGAGCAGUCACCGAACAAUAUCCCACCUAUUGAAUCCGUGGAAGUUGUUUUAACAAGGGAGGUGUGGAAUACACCCAGAAACAAUGAUCCAAUACAAAUGGAUAGUGAACGAGCACAACAGGUUAUGUCCGCAAUGGCAAAUUUUUCGCUUCCACAAACCUCAAUACCUGAAUGGGCUCGGAGCAUAUCAGAAGAUCAAUGGAAACGUACACUUAAUGAACAAAUACAGAAAAUCAAGAGUAACAGUUAACCUGGCAUUGUACGUUAAAAUAUAUUUUGUUUCUUCUAAAAUUAGUCAUUGAAGGGAUUCUUGAUCAGCCAUAUAGAUUCAUAUUCAAAAAGAUUCAAGAAUUUUCUUUGAACUACAGUCACGUUGUCAGGGGGACAGUCAUGCUUUAGUGUUGUAACCAAAGCCAGACUGGUUUGAGGAGAGCCCCUAGCUGUUGGCUAUGCACCUGUCGUUGCUGAUGUCCAUGACAGCGACAACAUACCACCAGGUUGGUCGUAUGCUCGCCUGCCUGCAACGGCAUGAGGUCUAAGUGAUGAGUGAUAUUGAUAUCUAAGUGAUGAUGAGGUCUAAGUGAUGGUAUUACAUAGUCAUCACAAUAUAAAAGGCGUUACCUUUCUUAAGCCCUUGGGUUUAAGUCUCAAUUGUAUAAGUAUAACGACAGUCUUACCCUUCAAGCAGUAAGGCAUGUCAGUUUCGCGUCAGAAACAGUCAGGUUGGUAUCUACCUGUCGAGUUUUUAUGAACAAGAGUGAAGUAAUUAUUUCGCUUGAAAAAAAAAAAUUAUGUCCGCGCAAUAAAAUUGUUUGGGUGAUUGUAUUGUUUGAAAGAAGUUUGUAUCGUCAAAAACCAGCCCUAUUUACUUUCAUUUCAUUUAUUAAUUUCAAUAUAUAUUAUGUAUUAUUCUAUUUUUUUCUUCUGUGUGUAUCAUAAUUGACAUAUACUUUUGUAGUUGUUCAUGUAAGGUUAUAAGAAGCGUCAAAGGUGAAAUAUAUAAUAUUAUAUUAAAUUAUAUUUAAGUAGAUGAUAAAUUAAUCAAAUUAUUUUAAUA